UGACAAAAUGGAACCCACCAGCAGUGUGAGGAGACCUGAAAGUGGCACAUGGCAGAGUGUGGCGAUGGAGACAGCAGCAAUGGGAGGGCGUACAGGGACCCAUGACACACUCUGGACCUGGCAGCAGCAUGAGGAGGCGGUACAGGGGCCCAUGACAGAUUACGGGCCUGGCAGCAGCAUGAGGAGUCGUACGGGGGCCCAGCACCCUAUCACAAAAUGGAACCCACCAACAGUGUAAGGAGACCUGAAAGUGGCACAUGGCAGAGUCUGGCGAUGAAGUCAGCAGCAAUGGAGGCCGUACAGGGACCCAUGACACACUCUGGACCUGGCAGCAGCAAGA